AUGGAAAAUUACACUCAGAUCUCCACUGACUUCAUCCUCCUGGGGCUGUUCCCCCCAUCAAGGCUUGGCUUUGUCCUCUUCACGCUCAUUGUCCCCAUCUUCCUGAUGGCCCUGGCUGGCAACUUGAUCAUGGUCCUACUCAUCUUCCUGGAAGCCCAGCUUCACACUCCCAUGUACGUCCUGCUCAGUCAGCUCUCCCUCAUGGACCUCAUGUACAUCUGCACCACUGUCCCCAAGAUGGCUUCCGGUUUUCUAUUUGGGAACAAGUCCAUCUCCCUCAUUGGGUGUGGAAUCCAGAGUUUCUUCUUUGUGACUUUAGCAGGUUCAGAGGGACUGAUUCUAUUAUCUAUGGCCUAUGAUCGUUACAUGGCUAUCUGCUUUCCUCUGCACUACCCAAUAGUUGUGAACAGAACAGUGUGUGUGGUGUUGAUCCUAGGAUCUUGGGCAAUGGGUGCUGUCAACUCCUGUGCUCACACAGUAUAUGCACUGAGUAUCCCUUACUGCAGAUCCAGGGCCAUCAACCAUUUCUUCUGCCAUGUCCCUGCAAUGCUGAUGCUGGCUUGUAGGGACACCAGGGUUUACGAAUACACUGUGUUUGUUAGCACCAUCCUCUUUCUUGUGUUUCCUUUCCUGGGUAUUGUGUGUUCCUAUGGUCGGGUCCUGAUCACUGUCUACCGUAUGCGCUCCCAGGAGGGCAGGAAAAAGGCUUAUUCCACCUGCAGCACCCACCUCACUGUGGUGACUUUCUACUAUGCACCAUUUGCCUAUACUUAUCUCCGCCCAAAGUCUCUCCAAUCUCCAGCAGAGGACAAGGUCCUGGCUGUCUUCUACAUCUUCCUCACCCCAAUGCUCAACCCUGUGAUUUACAGCCUGAGGAACAAGGAGGUGAUGGGAGCUUUUGGGAGAAUGACUCAGAGAAUGUGCUCUAUGAAAAUGUAG